UCUGUGGGUUUUAGCCAAAGCUGCAGCGCCCGGCGCCCGAGCGAGCGAGCGCGGCAGCGGCUUCCUCCGGCGCCCGCACCCGGGCGAUGCGAUUUCCCGAGCACCCCGGGCGCAGCCUGGGCUCUGGCUCCCCACCACCCGCCGAGCCCGCGAGGCCCCGGAGCCGCCGCGGCUAGAGGAGGAGGCAGGGAGGGGAAGCCCAGCGCCCCAGCCUCCCUCCCCCACCCUCGCCCCAUUCACCUCGGCGGCCGCCGCGCGCUGGGAGCCUGAUCGCGGGACGCCGAGGCCCGGACGCGAUUCUCCUCGCGCCGCCAAGUGAGCCGGCGCCUCGGCUCCUGGGUGGGCUGCGAAGAAAAUGGUGCAGUCUGAGAGCGGCUGACCCCAGUUGGGCAGAGCAGACAGCUCCAGCGCCGGGCUGUGGCGGGAGAAGGGGGCGGAUUGUUUUGAAGGGCCGGGACCGCUGUUUUCUUCGGUGCCUGCAGCAUUUUCUUUGCACCUGAGCAGCAGGUUCCUGGGGCUAGUUGGGAGCCAGAUGAAGUGAGGCAGAGGCAUCGCGGGAGAGGCGGGUCUGGAACCUCUCGGGUGGAUACUCAGGAAGGAGACUGCGCUGGGGAGACCGGCAUGACGCCCCCGGGGCUGGCUGCGGGGCUGGUGGUGAGCCCGGACCGCGCGACCUGUCCAUGGUGUUGAAGGCACCGCGCGCCGAGCUCCGCGCGCGCCGCGCCGUGCGCCCUGCCGGGUGCAUCCUCCUCGGCGCAUCCUGUCUCUCGAGCCCGCCGGCUGCCGCCCAUUCACCCCUAACCGCGGGCCGAGGCUCGUCUGGUUACGCCGUCCGGGUGACCGCGCCGUCGGCCCGAGGGGCCUCCUGAAUGGCGAGGCCAGAAGCAGAACACCCGGGAGCUCGCGCGGGAAGGUUGGCCGCGACCGUGCGCCCACGGGAAGCCCGCCUCUGAGCACAGCGCGCUGGCCAGACAGCAAAGGACCUACUGGUGACCAGAGGACGGAGCUUUUCCAAAGAGCCGACCCAGAGAGGAAGAACAUUGCUUGGUUUGCAGAUCGGAAGGGGGACAGUUGCUGAGUGGGAGACCCAGGCGGGACUCAGGGCAGCCGGCCCCGGCAUCUGGAGGUUUUCCUUCGUUGGCCGGUCUCGUCGCGGGUGCUGGAGUUCAUUCUGUCGUCGCGCAGCAACUCGUGAUAGCCCCCACCCCCUCACCCCAAGAAAAGGCCAGGCGAGUGGGUCCCGUCGCCACCCUGCACAAAGAAAGCCCAACAGUCUCACUGCAGCCGAGGGCACUGGGUGUUUAGUUUCUGGCCCGAGGGCAGCGGCGCCUGAAGUCCGGCUGUGUGCCGACGCGGCCGGUUCGGGGCAGUAGCUUCCUGCUGGGCAGGGAGGGGGCGGGAGGCGGUCUUGUCCGCUCGCCGCCGCCGGAGGCUGCACCUGCCCCCCCGGAGGAUGCCCAGAAGCCAGCCGGAGCCUCCCCGGAUCAGAACUUUUUAGGCUGUCCGCCCCCAUCCCCGCAGUCCCUGGGCCGCGCACCGGCAGGCGGGGGCGAGGGGGCGCCGCCGCGCGAGUCCCCCUCCGGUCCCCCCCUCCCCCUUGGCUCGGCCGCCCGCCCGCCGCUUUGUUCCGGGCGCGCGGAGGGAAGGCGAGGCUGCGGCGGAUCAUGCCCAUGGUGUAGCCGCCAAGCGGAGGCAUGGCUGCCGGAAGGUUACUGCUCUAUACGGGCCUCUCGCUAGCGCUCUGCGCCCUCGGCAUGCUGGCCGUGGCCAUCUGCUCGGACCACUGGUACGAGACGGACGCCAGGAAGCACAGGGACAGGUGCAAGGCCUUCAACACCCGCCGGGUCGACCCCGGCUUCAUUUACAACAACAACAACAACUUGCCGCUCCGGGCGAGCCGCUCCCGCCUGGACCGCUGGGAGGGCAAACUCCUCCGGGCCCGGAAUCGCCGGCAGCUCUUCGCCAUGAGCCCGGUUGACGAGUGCAGCCGGCAGUACAACUCCACCAACAUGGGCCUCUGGAGGAAAUGCCACCGGCAGGGCUUCGACCCCGAGAUCGCAGCCCUCAUUCGGAAAGGAGAAAUUGAACGAUGCACAUACAUCAAAUACCACUACUCCUCAGCCACCAUCCCCAGGAACCUCACUUUCAACAUCACGAAGACCAUCCGUCAGGAUGAGUGGCACGCCCUUCACCUGCGCAGGAUGACCGCCGGCUUCAUGGGCAUGGCGGUGGCCAUCAUCCUCUUCGGCUGGAUCAUCGGCGUGCUGGGCUGCUGCUGGGACCGGGGCCUUAUGCAGUAUGUAGCAGGGCUUCUCUUCCUCAUGGGAGGAACUUUCUGCAUCAUAUCACUGUGCACCUGUGUGGCUGGAAUCAACUUUGAGCUGUCACGCUACCCACGCUACCUGUAUGGACUCCCCGAUGACAUCAGCCAUGGAUACGGAUGGUCCAUGUUCUGUGCAUGGGGGGGCCUGGGCCUCACACUAAUCUCGGGAUUCUUCUGUACCUUGGCCCCUUCUGUCCAACCUGUCCCGAGGACCAACUGCCCUAAAUCCAGACCCGAGAAUGGGACAGUGUGCUAAAAAAACAAACCCAUACAUAUAUAUAUAUAUAUAAAUAUAUAUAUAAUAUACAUAUAUAAAACAAAACUAACUCAAGAUGAUGCCAGUGCCAAGGUAGAGUUGAGUUGGCUCAGGCACCCGCAUCUCGUCGGACUUUGUGUUGCCUCAUCACCGAGAUGGGGAAAGCGUCCCCGUCACGUGGCUCUUCCAUCAUUUCUUAACGUUUGGCUCCACGGUUUUUUGAAGACAGAGCGAACAUCACCACUUGUGAUAGCGUCCUGAUCCCAUCACUCAGGAGGAUGGGGUGGUGGGCUGGGAAGGGACAGUGCCAGUGGUCUGAAGCAGCACGGAUGUAGAGAAGGAGGUACCAUCCAUUGGGCCAGCCGUGAGGACACCACCCCAACGCCGAUCGUGUUGCAGAGAAACAAAGCCCUUAGUUCAUAGAAUGUAACCACAUCUUUGACGUCAUUUGCAGAUCACUUCUCCUGAUCUUCCUGUUCUGAUUCCCUUCCUAGCCCACCAGCAACACACAAGAAGUGGAAGAGAAAACAGACUGAGGAGGAAGUUUUCUCUUUGUUGCCAAACUUUUGGACAAAGUUACAGAGGUGGGAAGGGGGAGAGAACAACGUGCUGAGGGGCAAGAUCCACGUCAAUAAAAGGACACUUCAGUGGAUGCUCAGAAAACCCAGUCUUACCUUCCAGCUGCCUUACAUCCAGUUAAACAAGAGGCCGCCCUACCCCCGACCCCACCUGCACUCCCUGGGCAGAUUGGAGCCUUGGAGUAAUGCUGUGAUGUGUGCGUGCGUGUGCGUGCGUGUGUGUGUGCGCGUGUGUGUGUGUGUGUAUGUGUGAGACUACUUUUGGUGGUUUCCUUUUUUCCUUUUCACCUUUUAAAAUGGAAAGACUUCAUUAUGACUGUUGUCUCUAUCGUUUGUGGUGGUUUCAUGGGCCAGGGCAGAGUCCCGAGACCUAGGAGGAAUAAUGAGGGGCAGGCCAGUGUGGGUGCCCAUUCUGUAGUUUCAGAUCCCUGGAGUGUGUACGUGUGGUGGGUGUUUUCUGAGUGUGGGGUUUUAUUGUUUGUGUUGCAUUUUUCUAUUAUUUGUAGUGCAGCUGAAAUUCCCAGAGGGCAGAACUGAGAACAAAAUCACUGGGCAGAGGGCCCGGUGGUCCUUCACAUCACAGUUCUGGGAUGCCACGGGAUUUAGUCCUCUAAAUCUGGAAGUUCAAGACAAAGCUGGGCACAAAGCCUUGAGAGAAGAGGGGGAACAUGGUUCAGGAGGGAGAAGGAACAUUGCCUCUGUUGCUGUUGUACAAGUACGUACCAAACCAGAUCUUCACUCCCCAUCAUGGAAGCUGUCCUUUGUCACUGGACAUCCACCCCUCUCCUGGGGGCGACCUCUGUACAGAUGAAAGAAAAUGGGUCACGUGCAGAGAGAGCAUCUCCAUGCUCCGUGGGCUCAAGUUUGUAUGAUAUUGUGUAAAUUAAUGGCGAACUCCGGACUCUUUCCAUCUUCUUCCUUUCCCUCUUGGUAUUCAAGGCCAUGCAUCCCCAAAUAGCCAUCUUAGUGGCUAGCCCCCAAACAGAGGUGGCAUAAAUCCAGCCCGACGUCUCAGGCUCGUUCGAGCACACUGGCCCUGCAGGUGUCGGCGAACUACCAUGUCAGCCAGAGUCGUGGAAGCUGUAGGGACAAGAGUCUGCCGGGAAGAGUGGGCAGGAGCAGCUGACAGUCACCUCAGUGACCCUGCUGGGGCCGAGCAGCCCCAGGGUGGCAAGGAGUGAAUCCCCGAGCUGUACAGCCAUGGGUCAACCAUGUAGCUGAGAAUUCAGUUGCUUCACAAAUAGAUAUGCUUUGGGCGCUUUGCCAACAGCUCAACAGCCUUCUUUCCCACCCAUGUACCUGUUUCAUCGACCUGUCUCCUGAUCUGUCUUCCCACCAGUCCCCACUUCUCAUCUAGUAACCACCUCUCCCUCUUCCAUCUGCCAGGCUACGAGUCCUGCCUGUCCCCUCAUCUGCUCUUUUUGACUGUGUAUGUGUGAUUCACAUCCAGUUAAGACAUCCCAUGUGCAUGAAUGGGCCUGAAUGUGGGUCUCUGUAUAUGUGUAGCUCCCUGGUGCAUUUUCUGUGUGUUUUUGUCAGUAUGUACCUGGACACGGUUGUGGGUGUGCUACUCAAGGCUUCCUUCCCAGCGACACUGGUCAGCUUCUGCAAAAGGUCUCAUGUGCGCGUGCCCCUUGUAUGGGUAUGCUGAGAGAUGAGGGGUGAGGUGUGGAGCAGGAAACGCUAUUCUCUUCCAAUUGGGCUUCAAAGGAUUUUUUUUUUAAUAAAGGAUUAAUUCUAUGA